UACGCAGGUAUGGUUGUCUGAUGACCGGUGCUUAGUGACAGAAAGAUUUAAAGCCAGGCACAUAGUGCAUGACCUUACGACCAUGACGCAGACGCGAAGACCACUUUCGCGGAAACACGGCCUUGUAUCUGCGUCUUAACAACCGAUCCAGGGUCAGUGUAUCCCGCCAAUAUCCCGCGAUUCUAACCAUUUCCCCCCUUCGCACGGCGGCUCUUGCAUUGGGCUUGGUGCAAUGUAGCUGGUUAGUUGCAGCAACUGAUGAAACCUUAAAGGAUCCGCACUCUCUUUACGACUGUCGUACUAAAGCAUACAGUAGCCUGUUGCUGUGGGACGUUGUUUAUCCUUUCCUUUUCCAACUUUUCCCACGGGCAUUUGUGUGAUCAUGGCAUCGGGGGACAGCUCCAUGAGCGGCGGUGCGUGUGAAACGCACGCCGCGGCACUGCAAAUGACCGGGGAAGCCAUGGAAGAAAUGCGGGAACUCGGAGAUGCCGGGUGCACGACGGCGCACGGUAGCAAGCCCGAAUCAGAAGCUGGUAAACCGGCCGAUCAUUGCGAAACGAACUCGGAACCGGGCGAAACCCGUGGUUCAGAUGCAGCUGACGACGGCGAGUCCAUUGAUGAUACAGACGAUGAGCGAUCAGUCCCUCUUUCUGAACUGUACCCCUACAUCCGCUGCGGCCUGUGCAGCGGUUUCUUCAUCGAUGCCACCACCAUCACUGAAUGUCUGCACACUUUCUGCAAAAGCUGCAUCGUGAAGCACUUCUUCUACAGUAACAGAUGUCCGAAUUGCAACAUUGUUGUUCAUCAGACUCAGCCACUGUACAAUAUCAGGCCAGACAGGCAGCUACAAGACAUUGUGUACAAGAUGCUACCAAAUCUAGAAGAACGAGAAAGAGAGCAGAUGUAUGCAUUCUACAAAGAGAGAGGACUGGAAGUACCCAAGCCAGUGGCCGUCUCCCCGGUGACCGUUGCCAAGGCCAACAAGCAGAAGAAGGACAUGCUACCCCAGUCCGUGUUCACCCUUCCCUCUGAGCUGGACGUCUCCCUGCUGCUGGAGUUUGUUGGAGCGGAAGAAGGCAUUGAGAACUACAAGCCGCUGGAGAGGAAGUACAUCCGGGUGUCGGGAGAGGCCACCAUCCGCCACGUGGAGCUCUUCAUCAGGAGGAAGAUGGAGCUGAACUCCGGCUGUCAGGUGGACGUCGUCUGUGGAGAGCAUCUCCUGGACGGGUUCCAGUCGCUGAGAGAAGUUCAGAAGACCAUGGGAGAAAGUGCCUUACAGGAUGGACUCCUGGUUCUCCACUUUGGCCUCGUUCUGCCCCCCCAGGCGUAGAGAGUGCGGUCGAUAGGCUGGUCUCUGGAAGGAUGCUGACAGCUCGGACUCUCCAGCCCUCCAUCACGUCAGCCCCUCCCUGUGCUGAAGACCAGGGGAGGAUCACCUGCAGGAAGCUGCCCCUGAGUGACACAGUCCGGUCACAAGAGCCAGGAAAAUCCCAGCAUAUCGGGAUUCAGCCUGUCACCCAGGCCCCUUUUGCAAGGGAAUGUUCGUCUUUCUUCACAUCUUAAACUGUUUGGAUGAUUUGUUAUUUUGCUAGGCUAAGAUGACAUUAAUGAGUUAUGAGAGUUUGGGCAUAAGAAUGGGGCUGCUAAAUUAAUUUUGAGCCCUUAAGGCCUGUAUCUUUGUGUUUAUUGUUCUUUGUUUCUGGGCCUGGCUUCAUACGCUGAUGUUCAAAGAAUUAUCGUAGGCGUGUCAUACUAAAAACUGCAUCAUUAAAGUCUUUAUUUUACAUUUGCAUUGAUAUGGUUGACAGUGAAUAGAAAACGUUAUUUUGUACAGCAUGUCUUUAUUAGUAAUAUUUAUUUGUUUCAUGAGAAAGUUUCCUUUUUCUUGUGUGAUCUUUCAGUCAGUGUAAUUAAAUGUAGCUGACGCCAGGCAAUGAGUCCUUCUUACAGAGCGUAUGGCUUUCAUAGGGCAAGCUAUAUUUGCUGUUUCAGGGAAUGUCAGUACU